AUGGACAUUAAUGAUGAGCGCUUCUUCAUUGGUAAUAUGAUUCGUCUAGUUCCAUCUUGGGUGGUCAGUAAUCCUGAUCCGAAUUUUACUGAAGGGCUAGUGGAAUACAAGGUGGUCAGUACUCCUGAUCCGAAUUUUACUGAAGGACUAGUGGAAUACAAGGUGGUCAGUACUCCUGAUCCGAAUUUUACUGAAGGACUAGUGGAAUACGAGGUGGUCAGUACUCCUGAUCCGAAUUUUACUGAAGGACUAGUGGAAUACAAGGUGGUCAGUACUCCUGAUCCGAAUUUUACUGAAGGACUAGUGGAAUACGAGGUGGUCAGUACUCCUGAUCCGAAUUUUACUGAAGGACUAGUGGAAUACAAGGUGGUCAGUACUUCUGAUCCGAAUUUUACAGAAGGACUAGUGGAAUACAAGGUGGUCAGUACUCCUGAUCCGAAUUUUACUGAAGGACUAGUGGAAUACGAGGUGGUCAGUAAUCCUGAUCCGAAUUUUACUGAAGGACUAGUGGAAUACAAGGUGGUCAGUAAUCCUGAUCCGAAUUUUACUGAAGGACUAGUGGAAUACAAGGUGGUCAGUACUCCUGAUCCGAAUUUUACUGAAGGACUAGUGGAAUACAAGGUGGUCAGUAAUCCUGAUCCGAAUUUUACUGAAGAACUAGUGGAAUACAAGAUAGUCAGCACUCCUGAUCCGAAUUUUACUGAAGAACUAGUGGAAUACAAGAUAGUCAGCACUCCUGAUCCGAAUUUUACUGAUGGACUAGUGGAAUACGAGGUGGUCAGUACUCCUAAUCCGAAUUUUAUUGAAGGACUAGUGGAAUACGAGGUGGUCAGUACUCCUGAUCCGAAUUUAACUGAAGGACUACUGGAAUACGAGGUGGUCAGUACUCCUGAUCCGAAUUUUACAGGACUAGUGGAAUAUGAGGUGGUCAGUACUCCUGAUCCGAAUUUUACAGGACUAGUGGAAUAUGAGGUGGUCAGUACUCCUGAUCCGAAUUUUACAGAAGGACUAGUGGAAUACAAGGUGAUCAGUAAUCCUGAUUGUUUAAUUUCGUUUCCUGUCCAGCGGAUAAGGACAGAAGCGAGAGUAAACUUCACAUACAAACAACAGCUAUAG